AUGCGUUAUUUCAAAUUUCCCAUGCUCCUUUUGUCUCUCUGGUUAAUUACCUUGCUUAGCCUUACCAAAACUGAAUCAGCACCCACUUACAGCGCUCACUUUUGCUCAAACUCAACAUUCUUCAUCGCUAACAGUACGUACCAAACCAACCUCAACCUCGUCCUCUCUUCUCUUACCUCAGACUCCUCAAACAACAACAACAACAACAACCACAAUGGAUUCUAUAACGCCUCAGCUGGGGACAACCCAGCUGACGACGUGGUCUCUGGUCUCUUCCGUUGUCGCGGAGACGUCAACACCAUCGUCUGUCAAGACUGCGUCGCCACUGCAAGCAAAGAAAUGUUGCGGCGAUGCCCUCUAGACAAAGUCGCUAUAAUAUGGUACGAAGAGUGCCUUUUACGUUACUCUAACAAAUCCAUCUUCGCUACCAUCAACGAAGUCCCUCAAAUAUUCUUGAGUAGUACGCAGAAUAUCACAGGGGCAGAGAAUGAUCGGUUUAACGAUGUGUUGGCCAAAGCGAUGAAUUCUUUGGCGACGAGAGCGUCGAACUCUGAUUCGGGUAGGAAGUUUGCGAUAGAGGAAGAUGAAUUCACGAGUUUAAAGUCGCUGUACAGUCUUGGUCAGUGCACGCCGGACUUGACUGUGUCUGAUUGCUCUAGGUGUUUUCAAAGUGCCAUAGGAGCUCUUCCUACGUGUUGUAAUGGAAAACAAGGUGGAAGAGUUCUGCUCCCAAGAUGUAAUAUUAGAUAUGAACUGUACCCAUUUUACAACAUCACAUCUGCUUCGCCUGUAAUUCCUCCUCUUACUCCUGCAGGUGGACAUCGGUACAAAAGGUCCACCGCAUGCUUAAUGAGCAUCAAGCAGCGAGAAGACGAGACGCUGCGGGCCUACAUAACUCGUUUCAACAAGGAAACCCUUUCAAUUGACGAAGUUGACGAUAAGAUACUCGUAGUUGCAUUCACUAACGGGCUGCAGAAGGGUAAGUUUUUGUUUUCUUUAUACAAGAAUAACCCAAAGACCAUGACAGACGUGCUCUAUAGAGCCACCAAAUACAUGAACGCAGAAGAUGCAUUGCUAGCCCGCGAAGAGAAACCUAAGAAGAGGGAGAGAUAG